AUGGCCGCCUUUAUCCCAUCACUGCAAAAUAACAUAGGUUUCCGCCGUACAUUACAGCUGGUGGAGCCACACAGCCUAGAAGAUACCGUCCAACAGCUCUGGCAGGCAAUAGUAAGCAGUUGGUUCCCCAGUAAUGAAGGCUACAUGUGGAGCAUCAAAGGCUCCGCGCUCACCCAGGAUGAUAUACCCAAUAUCACCGUAAUUCAAGUCAAGGAAUUAGCCCAAGAUCCUGAAGCUUCAGGCGGGUGGUCCGAGCGCCUAAUCUUGCUCGUCGAAUGCAAGCGCCCAUCCAGUGGUAUUCCAGUGGCCUGGGACAACACCAUCAGUGCUCAGUGCCAGAAUGAUCUGUCCCAGACUAACAACGAAUCUGGAAAGCUCUUUCGGGUUGUCGCGAUUGGCAGGAGAGCAAGGUUCUAUCAAUUCAAUGGCGAGGUACUACCUGAUCAACAACUGGUUCAACUUCACAAGGGCACCUUCGAUGUGAGCGACCCCGCCGGUAUCGCACAGGUUGAGAGCAUGAUGAACUAUAUCAAGGCAAAUUCCUAA